CACAUGAAUUCAAUUCUUGAGGAUUGUCGCUUGACUUAUAUUGUAAGUUUUCGCGUUCGUGACAGCAAACAUAUCGGCAUUAAAAAUUAAGGUGUGAAGAGAAUACAGUCCACAGCGUUUUUACCUCCCCUUUAGUUUUCAGUCGGAGUUGACAGAGUGGAUAAGAAUGGCAUGUGAUGUAAGAGAGGCCAUACUGGAGGAGAUUGCCUUGGAGGGACUGGAUGGAAUCACAGUGCAGGCCCUGUGGUUACGGCUGUCUGAGAGGAAGGGGUUUACAUUAUGUCUGGAUGAGAGGUCUCGCCGGUACCUGUGGCAGUGUGUGCUGGGUUUCAUCCACCUGGAGUUCUUUCUGCUGCCAAAACCACGCCCAGAUCUCAUUUCUUACAACCGCUUCCACUACAUUGACCCGGAAACCAAACAUUUUCUUGAAACCGAGGAUAUUCCUGAAGAUAUCUACCCUGUACACUUGGUGAUGGAGAACGGCAUUAUGGGCUCGUGUGUGCAUUACAAAACCAGAACUAACAUCUCAAACACCAUUACAGAACGGAAACCAACACUCGAAGAAGCCCAAGAAAAGUAUGGAAACAGGCUGGUUAUUGUGGCCUCUCAAGCGGUACGUACGCGGGUCCUUGUUGGUGCGGACAACAGUCAGGCGUUUCCAUUCUCUGACAUGAUGUAUGGGGUGCUUGAGAGGAUAGGACGUGCCCGCAGUAAUGGCGAGGCAAGCAACGGUACCAUGAGUCUGCAGGUCUUCAAACAGUCAAACAAAAGCCUCUUCUAUAUUGUGAAGAAGAUGCGCCUUCUCGGUGUUAUCAGAAAACAGCGUCUGUGCACUAUCAAGAAGUCAUCGAAUGUGAAGCUGUGCUGCAUUCUGUACCAUCUGGACCGUUUUUUCUGGCAAGUGGGGUCCCGCUCCCUGCAUGAAUUGAUGAAUAUCGCCCUCUACCUGUCUGAGAAGCCACAACAGAUGGCAGAAGUCAUAAAAGUCAAGAAUGACUUAAAAAUCUAUGACACGCUGAAGCGCGUGACUCGGAAAGUGGGCAAUGAUGGUGAUCGCUACUUUGUGUUUAUAGAUCUUCCAUUCAGGGAGGUGCAUCCUAACGCCAAACCAAAGGAGUAUCUCAUGAAGAAUGGCGGAGGGGAGAAGUCUAUACGCCACAUCAAGAUGAUCCAGACCCUGGAGGAUGUGCGGGCUGGUCUUCAUGAUGAAGAGGAACUACCCUCCAGCGAUGACGAUGAAGGAGACCCACCAACACCACCUGAAGGCCUCCUACAAGCAUUACCGGAGUUGGAGUAUUCCAGUCAGCUGGACGAGCCCCAGGUCCACCAGAUUCUGCGACUUAUCCAGACAGCUGGCUCCCGAGGGCUCUCUAUGUCAGAGCUGGCUCAAGUGACGGGCAUAAUGACCCUGCAGGCGAGGCGUCUCAUCAGGAUUCUCGAGCGGACAAACUUCAUAAACUCUCUCAUGCUGGAUAAAGGACGACAGAAAAUCAUAAUGUACAUCGCAAAAGAGAGUGUGGCAGAAAACAUUGUUCACCAGAGUGUGACAGAAGAAAUACGUAAACUAACAGAUGGAGUGCCAUUCAUACGGAAGGAAGAAAUAUCCAAGAGAUAUGAGAAUUACCAACAGGCACGCGCCAAGAAGAAAGAAGCCCUUCUUCUAAAGUUAACUGAAGCAGAGCCGUCGGAGGAGCAGGUUGCCGACAUCAGGAAAGAGUUGACGGCCCUGGAGGAGGCUCGACCUCAUAACCAGCAAUCACUUCAAACUGACAUGGAAACAAUCAAGGAGCUGCGAGGUUCUAGUGUGGUACAGGUACAGGUUAAGGAGGUGGAUGUGCUAGAGGUCACCGACAAAUACGGGGAAAGACUUGUUGGCAUGAAAAGAUUUGGUACUGUGCUGACGGAGAGCCAUGUACGCAGAGCCAACUGGAUCCUGGAGGUGUUGUCAGCUAUUAAGGUUGUGGAAACAUUCAAGAUGCUCAAGUUGCUGCGGAACCGGGAGAAAGAGAUGGGUCUGCCAUAUCUCAUGGACCAAAAAUCCCAGAAACGUAUAAUCUAUGCUCUUAUAGAGGAAGGCCGCCUAAAUUCCUAUACCCUACGCUUUACUAUGAAUGAACGGGUUAAAGAGCUGACAGUGAUCAGUAUGCAGGACACGGGACCAAACACAGAGCCAUUCCUCAGAAUGGUGGAGGAGGCCAAACUAAAACACUUUUCGAUCACCAAAGAAGAAAUUAAGAAACUUCAUCAACUUAAAGCAAACCAGUCAAAGGCGUCAGUAAAAGUGUUGGAAAAGAUACCCCAGAGUGCGCGGGACAGCAUACGCUUUUACCAGGAGUAUCGCCGCAAAAUUGCCAUGCAGACACCACCCAUGAAGUUUAACAGGGGUGCAGGUUACAAGUAUGGCCUACUGCCAAAGUUUCUGCGUAUCCAGGCGGUUCACCAGUACCUCUUCCACCUGUGUUAUUGUACGCACAGCAACAAGGUGCGGCAAUCAGCCCCAGAGAUUAGACAGGGAGCAGAGCAGAGGGUGGGACAGUCGGCACCUCAGGAGACAGGAAUGGAUAUAAGUCAAACCUUGGGUGGUGCCAAUGUUGAUAAGAUCGACAUGUCAGAGAAGUGUGGGAAAGGAGAGGGGAUGACAUGGACUGAGGUGGAGCCAUACCUGUACGUGGACGAGCUGAGCUGGAGAAGAUACUGCCCUCCCAUACCAGUACAUGCAGGUUACGGUCCCGGCUGGUGCCUCGUCAGCGAUGUGCUGCUCAUCAUGCCCGUCUGCCUCUUCUGCCAGAUUGUUAACGUCUGCUACAAUAUUGAAGGUUUGUUGGAGAUCCUGGAGCACCCUGAGAGGCGGCUUUACCCUGUCAUGAACCUGCCGUUUCACAUCGCCCAGCAGCUUCUCCACUCACGCAAGUAUAUACAGUGCUUCCUAGACACAUGCGCAUACAUGGCUGAAAUGGGCAUCCUCACGUUCGGCCGUGAGGUGUUUAAGGACAAGGAUGAGCAAUUUGUGUACAUUAACCGGAAUGUGAGCCUCCUGGACACCCGAGAGUCGUUGAAGGGAUACAACAAGACACACGCUCCAUCUGGCCACGACUUCCCUACCCACACAUUCCAUCUUGACACGUUUUCUGACUUGCACAACUACUGGGAGUUUCUCCAGAUUGUUGCCCUCGGAUCUAACCUUGGUCACAAGUCAUUGCUGCAGGAUGACCUGGAUGAUACAGUAAGUUAUCAGGAGAUAUCACUGAAGGAUGCGUGUGCCCCCCGUGACCCCUCUAACCUCACAGACACAGGAAUAAUUCCUGGAGACAGACGGGCGGCUGCUGGGCUUGACUCUUCACUGUUUGUACAUACGCACAAGAAUUGGACGUUUAGGACAUUCACCGAGACAAAGAGAAUGAAAAACUAUCCUAAAAAACUAAAAACACCAAGUCACACUGACAAAUCCAAGCCAAAGCUGGUUGGAGAGUGGGGCUUGAAGGGACGAGAACGCCUUGUGGUCUCGACUGACAAAGAUAAGCCAUUAAUGAUCCAGAAAGUUCACCGUGAUGGCUACAAGGGUAACAAGGGAGGAAAAGGCAUCAAACGCUCGCAACUGAAGAAGGCCACUGACUCAGAGACUCAUAGGUUCUUCAGGAAAGCUGGUGGAAAAGUAAGAAGAAGACGUACCAUAAGUAAGGUCCCCAACCCUCCAGGCAAAAGGAAACGUGCGUACAAGGGCGACUCCCUGGAUGCCGAGAUCCAUAGGAACAGGAACAAACUACGAGUCCUUUGGACAAAAAAAGAAGACUCAAUGAUACUGAUGUGUCGCCUGGCUUCCCUCAUCAUGGAUAACAAGAGGAAGACAACCGUUAUAAUGAACACACACAUCCGGGACCUGCUGCACGAGAAAUGUGGGAGGAUUUCUCGGGACAAGACGUCAGGGACAAUACAUCGGAGGGUCAUAUUCGUGCUGAAGAAUCCAUUGACAGAAGCCAACCUGCUGUUGUACUACCAAGAGGCAUUACAGGAUGAGUUUGUGGUUCAGAAUUUUGUGAAUAAGAACUUCAUACUAACAGACGAGGAGACUGUACCCAAGUUCCGCAUACUAGUGGAUUACCUUGUCAACAAGUUCAAGACCCUGGACCUGCAGAAGUGUUCCCUACCUGCAAGCCUUGACCUGCUCACAAGCAACUACACCAUCCAGUAUAUCGGCAAACUCACAGACAAGAAGACAUUCACAGAUCCAGCAUCCAAGGCUGAAAUCUGCCACGAUGUUCUCCGCACUAUUCUACAUAGUGCAGUGUUACUUCAAGACAAGCAGGGACGUACCCAUGAAAUGUUCAAGCUGCUAACACAAUACCCUGAUGCACUGCUGUGUAACGUGAUAAGAGAAUUGCGCAAUGAUGGCAUGUUCGUCAUUAACAAGAAGAACUACUCCAAGGAGUCUCUGAACCAGCUGCACUCAGGGCUUGGGCUGCGCAAUUUCAAAGUUUCACAGAGGUACCUGUUCGCUUUCAAGCAGCGGUACUUAAGCCCAAUGUUUGAGGAGAGUGCAUCACUCCUGGAUGCCAUGUUGGAUAAAUUUACCAAUGAGGAAGAAGAGGACCAAUAUGUCACCAUGCCCUUUGAUUGCAGGCCGGGUCAAAACUCCCUUUUAUACCCCAUGAUUCUGAAUGGGACGGUAGAUAUAAAGAUGGAAUUGCCAGACGAGCUAGUGAUUGUGGACAUGAAGGGGUUCUAUAACUUCCCCUGGGGGCGAGGCAAACAGUCCACUACACCUUCUAACACUAAGGCUGAUAAAACACUUAGGGACAUACAUGAGCAGAAAACACGAGGGAAGAAGCAGGAACAGCAAGGGGUGGCCACUCAGUCUAACUCAGAGGAGGUAACCAAGGACAUUGGCCAAGGGUUUGAAAAAGAACAGCAAGGGGAUUCUGUGCAAUCAGACUCUGAGAUCAUAUUGGAGGUAGACAGCUCAGGGAAGAUGACAGUGAAGAAUGGAAGUCCCAAGAGUGGCAAGAAACAUGAUGCAGCUGAGCAUCUUGGUGCAGAUGAACAGAAAAAAGAUGGAAACCUAAUUGCCUCAACAUCACCAAGGAGAGUUAGUGAUGAAAUUGUGCUGGAAGUGAGAAAUGGCGAACUUACAGCUGUGAAUGACAAGGAAGUGGAUGUUGAUGUGGAGAUGGUAGAGAACAAGGCUCAAGAGGCAGGUGAAGACUCAGUCACUACAGCUGAUAACAGGAAGGUCCCACAGACACAUAAAGGACCAGAUAAUGUUGAGAUGGAAGAUUCAUAUCAAGGUCAGCCUAUGGGUGAUCACAUUAUACCAAACAACCAGGCAGCAGAUAAAGUAGUGAGUAAUGAAGAUGAUGAUAUAGAUGAAACACAUGGAGUACAAGCACAAGAAUUCACACAUCUCAUUACACCUCAUGGUGUCUUUGUUAUUCCUAAACCUGAAGAAGAUAAUACUCAAAUUGGACCAGUAGGCUCCUCAUCAUCAAUUGCUUCUAGAACAUUUGUAUGUCUUCGAAGGGCAGAAGAGUGUUCCUUUGAGGAUAUCAGAGUAUUCAAUGCUCAAGAUAACUUUGUUGUUAAGUCUUGUCUUUUGAAGAUGAAGAUAAGUGACAAGAAAAAUAGAGAAGUUGGUAAUGAGGGAGUGUUUGUAAAAACUGUGAAGAAAGAUGAACACAAUGAUGAUACAAAUGGGAAGCCAGUAGCACCACCUGAGAAUGAUGAUAAAAAUGUCCACAAUAUAAGUGAACACAAAAGAAAACUAUCUGAAUCUGAACCAAUUGAGGGAAAAAGGCAUGGAAGAAAAUUAGUUGGGGGUGACAAUAAAGGUGAUGAAAAUCAAGCUGGUAAUAAUAAAGCAAAAGAGAAGAUUCAGGAUUGCCCUAACAAUCUGAGUGUGGACACAGCAGUCAUGAAAACUCUAUGGAGCAAUUUGAAUAAACUUCUGCCAUUCCAGGUUGAUUUGAUGGGGUUCUGGACAGAAUUGGGUGAGAGGCAGGUCGCCACAGAGACAGUUGCCACGUGUCACCAUGUGUAUGAGGUCAUUGAAGCAGAGGGAGAGCUUGGCAUUCAACACACAGAACUGGCCCGCCAGUGUGGUACGUUAACAGACUACAAGAAGGUAGUCAGCCUGCUUCUGGAACACAGCAUGGUGGUCAGUGUGGGGAUAUGUCAUCCAUGCUACGUGGCUCUGGUGCACGCCCGUCCGUGGGUGAUCCAUGCAUACCGGAACCUGCGGGGCCGCGGGCUUCAUGCAGAGGAGGAGAAUCUGCCCAAUCUGCCCCUCAGCCUUGCAGGGAUGAUACAGAAAGAUCCAGAUCCCAUUAUAGAUGCAACACCAAUGAAAAUUCCUGAGGAGGAUCGGAUCCAGCUGCCAUCUGGAACUGAGGUCCCAUUGAUCCCACUGUCCACAGAUCAAGAGGACCGGAUUGCUCUCCCGCAAGACAUUCCCAUCAGCCUCGUGCCUUUGGCAGGAGCAAUGGACAGCUCAUAUAUACCUUUAUCUCAUACAUCAGAGGUGAGUAUGGAGAAACAUCUGAGUGAAAAGUCCACACUGCUGAAUGCCAACAAGGUUGGAAUGUCUGGAUGGAAGAAAAAAAAAAUUGAGAUAAGUGGCAAUAAGUGUUCAAGUCUGGGUUAUCUUUCAAGUAAGGAAAAACAAGUUGUAGAUGCUAAAGAACUGGUUAAAGCUAAUCAAAAUGAAAUGGAGAAAGAUUUUGAUGAAAGCAAGUCUAAUCAAAGUGAAAAACGACAACCAACUGAAUCUAGUCAGAGAAAGAGAAAAAAUUCAGAAAAAGAAGAAGGGGAACCAACGGCCGGGAAGCAGUCUAGAAUGGAAGGUGGCCCGCAACACGGACCCCCAGGGAGCCCCAGGUCCAUCAAAGCCCCAGGGAGUCAGGUUGGGGAGAAUUUAACUCCAGGAAAGGAGCUUGGAGUGGAUUGUGAUAGCAGACGAACGCGGGCAACUAAGAAACGGAGACACCUUGAUGACACUUCAUCAACAGAGGAAAGCCCCUCUGUUAAAAGCACAUACGACAAGGUUCAUCUGGUGUUGAUGCCAUGGCGGAAGCCGGAGGGUGGUAUCAAUCGUCCAGUAUUGAAGAUGAUGUUGGAAUCAGUGCUGCUGUACUUGAUGACCCAGCCGGGGUGCCUAUUCUCCGCCCUCGUGAAGCGAUACUUGCCCUACCUCCAACCCAUGGUCCUUCAUAACAUCAUAGAUGUACGCAAAUGCUUGCAGUCAUUGAUCCUGGAGUGUCUUGGGUGUGUUCGUAGAGAGUUCCUGAAAUGUCGGAGGUCCACACUCUUCUCCUUGCCAUCCACACCUGUACCAGUGGAGACGGAGGGUGACGACACAGCUGUUUACUUAAUACCCACUGAAAACUGCGUGGAAAGGCUUGGUCAGUUUGCUCUUACCUUCUAUCCCGGCAUCAGCUGGCCGCACACGAGCUAUGCCAAUGACGAACAAAGCACUUGAACCAACCAACACCAAAUGGAGUAGUGCGCUACAUAUAUCACAACUUUCCACUAGCAACUUAAUGAAGACGAGAAAGUAGACACAGAUGUUAUAAACAGUACUGCUCAGGACACCUAAAAAAUUAGAGAUUUGCUUGAAAUAUAAGAUUCAAUCAAAAGAUGCAUAAUUUAUUUGCCAGGUUAAGACUGCAUUGGUAGGAAAAAAACAUUGUUGCUCUAUUUGUUCAGAGCAUGAAUAUGUGCAAUGUGUACAUGUGUAAUGCAGGAAUACUAGUGUUUGAUAUAAUGGCUUUUGUUGUGGAGGUAUUGCCAAGGCAAUGUAAGAAAGGCAUUUAUAUCAUGUGUCAUCUUUUGUCUAUACUUACAUCUUUGCACCUUGUUGGUGAUAUUUUUAUGCCCCCCUAAGAGGGGCAUAUUAAAAUUGCACUGUCCGUUAUGUUAAUAUAUAUUAGUGGACAAAGCCAGGAAACUAUCAUACCUAUUUAACACCUUUGCUUUUAUCAUCCCUGCCCGAACUGAAGGCGUUCUGACAUUGUCUGUUAUAAUGUCUGUCAGUCCGGCACUCUUUUUUUCCCAUAUCUUGGUAGGGAUUGGUCAGAUACUAUUUUAACUUGGUCAGAAUGUUCCCCUUGAUGAAAUCUCGGCUGCUUGUAAAAGUGGGUGACAAGGUCAAAUCUUAGAAAAUUCUUUGGAACACUAUAGACAUUAUAUUGGGUCCAAUAUUCAUGAAACUUAAUGAGAAUGUUUCUCUUGGUGAAUAAUUGGAAGUCACUUGGUCAAAUCCAAGAAAAAAUCUUGAAACAUACUACAGUCAAAUAUUUCUAAAACUUAAAAUGUUUUCCUUGAUGAAGUCAUUGACUAGUUUAAAACUGGAUCACAAGUCAAAAACUAGGUCAAAUUUUGGUUUUGAUUGUUCAAUCUUUGGUCAGAAUGUUUCCCUGGAUGUAAUCUUGGUAGACUCUAAAAGUGGGUCACAUGGGGUCCAAAAUUAUGUCAAAAGGUCAAAUCUUAGAGAAAUCUUGGGAACAAACACGGGGUCAAAAACAAAGCUACUAGGUUAAAUUUUAGAAAAAAAACCACUAACACUACAGAGGCCAUUUUUUGCGAUAUCUCUGGUCUACACUAUGAACAGUAUUUUAUUAUUUCAAACAGACUCAUAUUUCAUAUCCAACAUUCAUAAGAGUCCAUUACUCUUCAGCCAAUUUUCAUGAUUUGGUUGGAUCCAACAUUUCACCAAAACUUGCAUUCUGAAGUCCUCAGCCAUUUUCCAUGGAAAAAAACCUUGGAUGUUCAUCAAUAGAAGUUAUUUGUAAAUUUUAAAAAAUGGUAUAAAUCAACGUAUUUAAGUAUUAUCUGAAGUUUAAAUUGAUAUCCAGUGCAUAAUUGCAUAAUAAUUAAGAUCCCCAAGAGUAAAGUCAUUAAGUUUAACUGCUAAAUUGAAAUUUAUAAGCGUUCUAUUUGCACCUUACUUAAACUGUAAAGAUUUCUGAUUUUGUAAACCUUCCAUAUACAUCUUAGGUUGUUUUCGAUGGAAAAUGGCCGAGGAGUUCCGAAUGCAACACUUGUUUUCCAUUCCAUUUAUUUUGCCUUAUCAGGCAGGAGAUAUCAAUCCAACAACUUUGCUUAUUUAAAUUAGAAGUCCACUAUCAAAUGAAUUGCAGAUAAUGUUUCUAUAUUUUUUGCAAUAUUUCUGGUCCAAUCUUCAUGAAACUUACACAAUAUACAAUAUUCUUUUUAAUUCAAAUAAUUGCAAACAGACUCAUAUCCAACGUUCAUAAUAGGCCAUUACCUUUCAGCCAUGUUUCAUGUUUCAUAGGAGCAUUUCACCAACAUAUGAUUUACUUUGCCUAAUCAGGCAUGGGAUAUCAAUUCAACGAAUCUGCUUGUUUGAAUCAGUAGUCAACUGUCUUAUGAAUUGUAGAAAACAUAAUUUUAUAAGCUGAUUGUUUCUACAUUUUUCCAAUACGGUAGUUCUUGUCCAUUCUUCAUGAAACUUUAUCAGAAUGUUUGCCUUGAUAAUAUACUUUAUAAGUUUGAAACUGUCUAAUGUGGGGUCAAAAACCUAUGGUUUCUAGGUCAAAUCUAGGUUCAUAAGAGUGUGUCACUCUGCAGCCAUUUUUCAUGUUUCAGUUGGAAUAUUUCACCAACGCUUGAUUUCCAGUCCAUAUACUUUGCCUAGUCAGACACUGGGAAUAUGAUAUCAAUUCAACAAAUUUGCUUGUUUAAAUCUGAAGUCCACCGACAUAUGAAUUAUACAAAAACAUGCAAGAAAAAAACCUCAUAUGAAUAAGUCAACAUCGUGAUCCAAUUUCAUUUUAUUUUUGUAGUAAGUAAUUGUAAGCAGCUGUUAAUGUAUCUUUCUGAAAGUUACCGGGCUCGAAUUUCUCCAAGUAUCUUAUUUCAGUUAGCAAUAUUACUUGCUUAUAAUUGAUUUUACAUAAUGAAGAGUAGUUUGGCAUGGUUAUCUUUAACAUAAUCUCCUAUAAAAGUCUCAAAAUGAGAAAAUAUUCACAUUGUACAAACAGUUUUCACAGUAUUUUGAUGCAUUUAUUGUUUUCCAUGCUAUCCAUUUUAAAAUAUACCACAAACUUCUUCACAUUUUUUUCAAAAUCAGUUUUAACAAAGGACUCUGGUUAUGUUCUAACUAAUCCUCUGGUAUAUUGCUUCCUUAUAUCAAUUCAUUAUCAACAGUAGCUUGAAGGAGGUAUUUUCAGCAUUAUGUUGAAAAAAAUGCAUAAUUAAUCGAUCCAUAUGUUUUGUUUUAUUAACUUUGGAUUAUCAAAUGCAAUAUAAAAAGCAUUUUGACUAGAUGUUUUGCAUUAAUCUUUUUAUUUAAGAUGUUUUGCAAAAGAAACUUAUUAGAUUGUGUAGAUAAAAUAAAUAUAACCAGAAAUAUUCCAUAAAUUUAAACAUUAUCAAAAGUGUCCAUAACACAAUAUCUCAGAAAGGAAAAAUUCUUGUGAUUUUGAAGAACUUCAUGCUUAAAUAUUGAAAUUAGGGAUGCAAACGAAUGACAAAAUUGAUACUAGUAUUCGAAUAUUCAGUAAUUCUUUCGAUAGAAUAUUCGAUCGAUUACCAAAAUACAUGUUUUAGAAUUUGUCGUUUACCCUUAUUAUUAUUCGCAAAAGUAACAGCCGUGGAGCAUUUUAACUCUUCUUUGUGGUAGCCAGUAUGCGCGGCGGACCCUGAUUUCCUCUAUUAUGAGGUGCUGAAAUUCCCCAUUUUCAGAAACAAAAGCAACACAUUUUGAAAAAUCAAAAAACAAAAUUGAAUAAUAUCAUUUCCACUGCCUUCAUAUUUGUAAACAAUGUGAUGAAUUCCUGGUCAAAUGGCGUUAUGCAUCAAUGGAGGGUCUUUCCGUAGAACGAGCAGCCUCGUUCUGAGAUAGACCUCUACUUAAUAUAAAUAUCAUGGACAUGGAGAACCCAAACAAACUAGGAAACUAGUAAUAUCAUAAAACAAAAUCAUAUGUGGAUUUUGACUCUUCUAGUGUUCAUCAAUAGAGGAAAUAUAUCCUAAAACGCUAUAUUAUACAGUUUACUGAAAGUAAUUGAAAUUGCUGAUUGUCUUAUAGCGAAUUAUUUAAUAUUGCGGGGACUUUUUCUAGUACCGACGAUAUGUCCCUAAAUGACAUAUGACGCCUAUUUAGUGUAUUGUCAGUACAUUCACACCUCUGGCAUUAUGGCCAAUCGUUGUAAAAACAAGACAAACAAAGUGUAUUCAAUGCAACAACGAUAUAGGCAAAAGGGUUAUUAUUCUAUUUAUUCAAUAACAACAAAAUCGAGUAUUCAAAUACCGAUUUUGACAUUCAAAUACUGAACGUUUGAUCGAAUAUUCGAGUAUUCGUUUGCAUCCCUAAUUGAAAUUUAUCUGUUUCUGAUAAUAGUCUACAAUGCUGGUGCAAACUAAGCCUCCAGUUUUUUUUUCUUUUCUUUUUUCUUAUUUUCUUAAUCUUGUACUUUAAAAUUUAUGGUUUGGAUGGAGCAGAUAAUGAACAUUCCUUAUACAUACACUUUUCAAUGGCAUGUCAGAAAUAGAAAAGGUUUUAAGUUUUGUUAUAAGUUUGUUUAUCAAGUAAUGCUAUAAACUGAGAGUAUUUUUUCACAACACAUGAAAUAAUUCACACAACAAUAGCUUUAGAAUGUUAAUCUCUUAAAUCUAGAAUAAUAAGUAAGAGAAAUAUCACAGGCUCAGAGAAAUAUCAAAUGGCCAUAGCUGAAAAAUCUUAAUCACUUUAGAUUAUGAAUAGGAGAAUAGUGUACAUAACUCAUUGGAAGAAGUUCAUUUAAACAAAGAUAAUCAAAGCUGUGGCCAAAAACAAAUUUGAAUUUCUGUUUGCUCAAGUUCAAAAUAAUUUUGCAGUUACAUAAUAUUAAUACUAGUCAAAAUAUGAAAGAAUUGCUUUCAUGCAAUAGCAUCAACAAGCUGUUGUCAUUGACAGCGACCACAAAAAUGAAAAAUACUUGUAAUUCAAAACAAAAUACACAAUACCACAUCUACUAUGUGGUAUACAGUGGCCUUGUAUAGUGGCCUGUGGCGAGUACCAUCCAAUUGUACUUCAUAUACCCGAAUGGUUUUGUGUAUCGCUGUUAAGUUUUGGUCAUAACAAGCUGCAGCCAGUACGUUCCUGACCUAGUUUAAACACAUCAUCGAUUUACAAAGUAUUAUGUAUACAUUAACAUCGAAAAUAAAUACCUGGCUCCAUUCCAUGUGAAGGGUUUUCCUAAAAACAUUUUCAGUCAUCAAUGUUAGCAAAAAGCUCGACUACAUUGAAUGUGUAAAACAUGAACUAUAUAACUUCUACCAUUGAUUGUGUCAUUAUGUAUAUAUGUAAGAACUGAAAAAUAAAUUUACCUCUUAAUGUGA